AUGAGUGGGGGCCGCUUUGACUUUGAUGAUGGCGGGGCAUACUGUGGGGGCUGGGAGGGGGGAAAGGCCCACGGACAUGGACUGUGCACGGGCCCCAAGGGCCAGGGCGAAUACUCGGGCUCCUGGAACUUUGGCUUCGAAGUGGCGGGCGUCUACACCUGGCCCAGUGGGAACACCUUCGAGGGAUACUGGAGCCAGGGCAAACGGCAUGGGCUGGGCAUAGAGACCAAGGGGCGCUGGCUCUAUAAGGGCGAGUGGACGCACGGCUUCAAGGGACGCUACGGAACUCGGCAGAGUGGCAGCAGCGGGGCCAAGUAUGAAGGCACUUGGAACAAUGGCCUGCAGGACGGCUAUGGCACCGAGACCUAUGCAGAUGGAGGGACCUACCAGGGCCAGUUCACCAACGGCAUGCGCCACGGCUACGGCGUGCGCCAGAGCGUGCCCUACGGGAUGGCCGUGGUGGUGCGCUCGCCGCUGCGCACGUCGCUCUCGUCCCUGCGCAGCGAGCACAGCAACGGCACGGUGGCCCCGGACUCGCCCGCCUCGCCCGCCCCCGACGGCCCCACGCUGCCCCCCGCCGCCAUCCCGCGCGGCGGCUUCGCGCUCAGCCUGCUGGCCAACGCCGAGACGGCGCGGGCGCCCAAGGGCGGCGGCCUCUUCCAGCGGGGCGCGCUGCUGGGCCGGCUGAGGCGCGCCGAGUCGCGCACGUCGCUGGGCAGCCAGCGCAGCCGCGUCAGCUUCCUCAAGAGCGACCUCAGCUCGGGCGCCAGCGACGCCGCGUCCACCGCCAGCCUGGGCGAGGGCGCCGAGGGCGCGGAGGGCGCCGACGAGGCCGCGCCGUUCGAGGCCGACAUCGACGCCACCACCACCGAGACCUACAUGGGCGAGUGGAAGAACGACAAGCGCUCGGGCUUCGGCGUGAGCGAGCGCUCCAGCGGCCUCCGCUACGAGGGCGAGUGGCUGGACAACCUGCGCCACGGCUACGGCUGCACCACGCUGCCCGACGGCCACCGCGAGGAGGGCAAGUACCGCCACAACGUGCUGGUCAAGGGCACCAAGCGCCGCGUGCUGCCGCUCAAGAGCAACAAGGUCCGCCAGAAGGUGGAGCACAGCGUGGAGGGCGCCCAGCGCGCCGCCGCCAUCGCGCGCCAGAAGGCCGAGAUCGCCGCCUCCAGGUAG